CAAAAAAAUUAUCAAAGGUAAGUAAAAUGGGUGACCUUCACUCCAUUGCUUACAGUAGCAGUAGCUGCUCUUCCCUAGGCCUAGGAAGUUGGGAUUUCCAUGACCUUCAAGUUUUCAACACUGACAUUUCUCCAUUUAUGGAGAACACUCCACCAUUUCUGUCCAAUCUUGAUUCUGACUUCUCCAGUGGCUAUCUUCAAGAUGCUUUAUUCAAAUUCAGUUCUAAAAGAAGACGUUUGUUAUUGUUUGAUGAUAAUGAGAAUUAUCAAACUAAAGAUUCAAACAAUUCCAUGAAGAAUUUGUGGAGUUCAAACAUGGACCAGCAUUUUUCUGAGGAUUGUGAUUCCUUUAGCCAGUUAACUAAGUGUGAUAGCUUUUCGGAUGUGAAAAGAACAGAGGAGGAAGCCAUCUCAGCUUCUCAUGAAACUUACAAUUAUUCUUCAGCAUCAUCUCAUGAUCAAAAAGUGAAUACUCAACACUCCAAUUCUGAUAAAGAAGUCCUACGACAAUAUCCCACACACCCCAGUUUUCCUACUGGAGGAAGUGAUCAGAAGAGAUCAAAGAAAAGGAUGACAGCAAAAGUGGUGUAUCCAUUUGGCGUAGUGAAGCCAGGAGGACAGGAAGGGGACGUGACGUUAAACGACAUAAACGAGAGGAUUCUGAUGAGGCCGACCCGACCGGUAAGGCAUCCGGUCGGAGAUUUCGCCUGUCGGCCAACAGUAUCUCCGACCGGACCGGGGUUGUCCGGCAAGACUGUGGUGGCACUCACUAAAAUUCAUACCCAAGGGAGAGGGACAAUCACAAUUAUAAGGACUCGAGGUUGAGCAAAUAGAGGACCUAGGAUUGACUUGUCAAUUUCUUAGAAAAUUUUCUAGAGGAGGGGUGUGAGUAGGGAAUUCAGAAUUUAGGAGGAGAAUGUGUAGUUAAGUUUCUUUCGGGGGGGUAAAAAGCAAGUUUAUAUGAAAUGUAUAGAUAUGGAGGUAAUUAAGUGGAUGUAUAGAUCAUACUUACUCCUAUGUUUGUUACUGAACAUUAGAAUGAAACAUGUUUUGCUUUA